UAUGCGCAAAUGUUAUUAUAUUAAAUUUAUUUGAAGUUGAUUUUCAUUUUGGUGCAAAUGUUUCACUAUUGAAUUUGGUGUAACAUAAUGUAUAUAUAUUGGUCAUGUAACAUAACUGUGGCAUGGUGUUUAUGUUAUUUUCAUUAUUUUGUUAAAUUUGUUAAUGUGCAUUAUGGAAAAAGAUAGGAAAAGGAAAUUUGAUAGUAGUAUUCUUUCAAAUUCUUAUCGUGAAGGUAUUGGAAGGUAAAUCAAAGAGUGUUAGGAGUAAAAGGUCAUAUGACCUAUGAAUUACCUCUGGAGACUAUAAAAGAGAGGCAAAUAUUCUGGGAAAAUUUCUUCCUUGAAUAUUCAGAACAGCUUUCAGAUGAUAUUGACUUCGAUGUCAAAACGUUUGAACUAUGUUCAAGUAAAUAUCAAUCUCCAGCUGUAGAUAAACGUAAAAGUAUUGUACAACAUUGGGUUAAUACUAGUUAUUUACCUUAUCAAACGAGUAUUCAUAAAAUUGGUCAUUUAGAAAAUAACCAUUUAAGUAUAGAAAGAGGAUUAAAUAUGAGCUAUACAAAGCCACAUUGUAAUGAAAGUUUUCUUAGCAGUUCUGUUGAUACAGCUGCAUAUAUUUUAUCAAAUACAAACACAACAAAUAAAGCAGACACAAUGGUUAUUGUAGAAGGAGCAAAACAUGAUAAUUUAGAAAAUGUUUCCGAUACAACAUAUUUUGAAAGUACAGAAAUAUCAAAGAUUACCGAUAUAAUGCAUGAAAAUAAUGGAGAAAACAAUACCAAGGAUAACAAUAAUAGUAACAGUAGGCAACAUUCUCCAGUAACUACUGAAAUAAUGACAUGUACAGUGCCACAGCAAAAUAUUGAUACACAAGGAAAUGUGGACAUGUUAGACCAAGCACUUAAUACGAAAAGUCCAUCGUCUGAUAAUUGUGAAUCUUAUUCUUGCAAGUCAUCAAAUAAAGUAUUUACACCAGAGCAUUCCAAGGAAAGUUACUUGAGAAGGUCUUUACUGGAUUGCAGUGCUAUUAAAAUAAGACACCGUAAAAAGUUGUACAGUGGUAGAGACUCACCUGUUGAUCUUAUUACUAUGGAACACAGUCAUAAAGAAGUACUAUGUAAAUUAACCCAACACAUACAUCCUGCAUUAAAUUUUAAAUAUCCAUUACAAAAGAAGAGAAAUAUUCGUAAGAAAAGAAGCUUCAAACACUGGAUGUUUAAUAAAAGUUCAAUGAAUAGUACUCUGUCUAUAUCAGAUUCUAAAAAAUCUGAUGAAGUAGAAAAUAGUAGAAUUUAUUCUAACAGAUUAUCUUCAAAACUGUAUGAUCUUAAAAAGCUUGACGAUGCACCAUGCACGAAUCGUGAAAUUUUAAGUAAUUCAAACAAUAUCCAAGAUUUAAAUAAAUGCAAUGAGAAUCAAUCUAUAAAUAUGUCUCGAUCAAGCCAAACAGUUAGUAGAAAUCAUAAACGAGAUUCUAAGAACAAUGAAUUGAAUGAUACAAUAAUUCAGUCAGAAAAAAUUAAUACAAGAGCGUCUGACGUAUACAGUAACUUUAAACAAUCAACCAGCUCGAAUUCAGUGAUUCGGACAGUCGAAAGUCGGAAGCAUAAAAAAAAGUCGAAUAAGAUCGUGAAUGAUCCUAAAAACUUGAAUCCAGUAAUUGUUCUAACAAGAUUAUCGAAUCUUGAUAUUCAGAAAUAUAAAAAAUUAAAAAAUUACUCACAUAAUUUACAUCCACUGGUUUGUUUAAAACGAUUAUCAGAAUCUAAAAUCCAAAAAUACAAACGGCCAACUAAUAUGAUGAGAAAUAAAAAAUACUUAAAUACAACAGUUCGUUUAAAAAGAUUAUCAGAAGCUACCAUUAAAAGAUAUAAAACUGCCCAUAAUACGAAAACGCGUAGUAAAACUGAUUUAUUAUCUGAUACAGUUAAAUUAUCAGAUAGUAGUAUGAAUAGAUCUCAGCUUUCAUUAAGAAACAAAGCUAAUGGUUUAAAAUCUCCAUCAAACAUCAUUAAUGUAAGAAGCUGUGAUACAGAUAGUAAUCAAAGUACUAUUUUGAUUUGUAAAUGCAGCAGUAAAACAUCUGAUAAUGCAUCUCUAAGUAAUGUUGUUGGGUCGUCUAACAAACUCACUAAAUUUUCUUCCCCAGUUGUUGAAACUUGUAGUAAUAGCAGUAGAUUAAAAUUAAGUGGAAUUAACAAAAAUUUUAAUUUGAGAAAAGAUAUAACAGAUAGACAAAGCAUUGAUAAUACAUUAAAUACAUCGAUCAAUUCACAAAACUAUAUAUCUAAUAUAUCAUCUUCUCAUAAAUCAAAAACAUCUAAAAAUGGGUACAGUGAUAAUGUAUAUACAACUAUUGAUAAGAAGUUGAAUCCAAAACAUCGUCGAACAAACGGAGAAAAAUUAAAUGUAACGAAAGAACAAGAUGAGAAUGGACGUAAUAAUUUAAUUGAAGGAGGAAUUUGUAAUACAAUAGUUUUAGGAAAACAUAAGUCUGAAAAGCAAGCUGUAGUAAAAAAUCGAAUAAAAACCUUAUAUAAUGGUAAAACUAAGAAGAAUAAGAACAAGUUUAAUAAUGCAAAUCGUUUGCAUUUUGAAACAAAACUGUAUGAUUCUGAUUCAGAACUAACUUCAGAUUCUGAAUUACUUUCGUACUUGUCUAAUUAGUUACUUUGGAAGAGAGUGACUACAAACAAUCAAGAUUUGGUAAUGGAAAAUAAAGGUAAUAAUUCAUUGAA